AUGGCUGCUGCUGCUGCUGCUGCUGACAGCCCCAGGAAGAGGCUUCGCGAUGAAGUGACUUGCUCCAUUUGCCUGGACUUCUUCACGGAGCCCGUGACCAUAGACUGCGGGCACAACUUUUGCCAUCCCUGCCUCGAGAGGUACUGGAGGAAUUCGCCCACGGGAGCCGCCUGCCCCGAGUGCCGAGAGAAAGUUCGGAAGCGGAGCCUGAAGCCGAACAGGCUGCUGGCCAACAUGGUGGAGAUUGCCAAAGAGAUGAAGCCGGAGCAGGGGGGCGGGGAGGUCUGCAAGAGGCACCAGGAGCCCCUGAACCUCUUUUGCAAGGUCGACGAGGCCCCCGUCUGCGAUAUGUGUGAGAGAUCCAAGGAGCACCGAGCUCACAACGUGGUUCUCGUGCAGGAGGCUGCCCAGGAGUACAAGGAUCGGAUCUGUCGCUGCCUGGAGUCUCUGAGGAAGGAGAAAGUGAAAAUUCUGGCAUGUAGAGCAGACACAGAAAAGGAAAGCCAAGCCCUGCUGGACCAAAUGGAAGCAGGGAGGAAAAAGACAGUGGUUCAGUUCCAACAACUGCGCCAGUUUCUGGAAGAGCAGGAGAAGCUUCUCCUGGUCCAGAUGGACGAGGUGGAAAAGGAGAUCGCAAGGACACGGGAUGAGCACUUGGCCAAAAUCUCAGAGGAACUCUCAUCUCUGGAAAGAACAAUGCAGGAAAUGGAAGAGAAGAUUCAACUGCCUGCAAGUGAACUCCUGCAGGAUAUCAGAAGCACCUUGAAGAGGUUUGGGGAGAAUAAGUUUGAGAAAUCUGCGGCUUUUUCCGUUGCACUGAAGUGGAGGACCCACGACACCUCUGAUAUAAAUCUCAUUCUGGAGGUUUCUAUGAAGCAGUUCCAAGAAUGGUGUGAUGUUUUGUCUCUGUUCCCUUUCUUUCCCCCAGACACUCUGGUAUCUGGUCUUCAGCUGAAGGAAGCAAAUGUCUCUCUGGAUCCCUACACAGCGCAUCCAUGCCUCAUCCUGUCUGAGGAUCAUAAAAGUGCAAAGCUUGGAUGGGAAUGUCAAAAUCUGCUGAACUACCCUGAGAGAUUUGACAUCAUGCCGUUUGUGUUGGGACAUCAGGGAUUCACGGCAGGCAGACAUUUCUGGGAAGUUGUCGUGGGGAAUGAGGGUCAGUGGUCUGUGGGGGUCGCCAGAAAGUCUGUGAGGAGGAAAGGCUUGAUAAACAUUUGUCCUGAGGAAGGGAUGUGGGUUAUUGGGAAGUGGGGUGGUGAGUACAUAGCCUCACGGCUCUCUCACAGCUUUCCUCUUUCCAUGAGGGAGGAACUCAAGAGGAUCCGCGUGAGUCUGAACUAUGGUGGGGGACGGGUGUCCUUCUACGAUGCUGACACCGCUGACCUGAUCUUUGCCUACCCAGCAGCCCCAUUCUCUGGAGACACCCUUCUCCCUUUAUUUGGGAUGUGGGAAAAAUCCCAACUGACCCUCUCUCCUUAA